AACCGUUCUUUUCUCUUUUAUGAUCCACCAUACAUGUAUGAUUAGUAGGUCCUUCAAAACGCCAAAACCCUGCCCGACUUCGGAGCGUCUAAGCGUCCCAUGUCUCAAGACCCGAAACAAUGCAUUCCUCUUCGCCCUCAACCUUGACCUUGAGCUCACCAACCUGGUACACAGUCUCGCCUUCUUUCUCGAGAAUAUCCUUAACGGCACCCUCAGAGCCUUUUUCGACGACAAUAACCAUGCCAACACCGCAGUUGAAGGCGCGGGUCAUCUCAUGAGCGGAGACGUUGCCCUGCUUUUUGAGCCAUGAGAAUACAGGAGGAAGCACCCAGGUCCUAGCAUCGAUGUGUGCUGUAAGAGUUGGGGGUAGCAUGCGGG